UUUAGCCUAGGCUAUUUGAUCCAAAGAGAUAGUGAACAAAUUAUUGUUUCCAAACAGCCAUUCCAACAUGUCUGACAUGGAUCAAAUUGAGCAGGAUUAUUUCGCUGCGUUGAAGUUGUUGGAAGAGGAGGAGGAUGAUGACUUCCUUCAGUCCAUCUCUGCGCUGUCAGUGUCCCAGCCAAAUUUACCCUCACCGCCUGGGUUCACCACCGAGGUAUACCCAUAUGCUCACCACUAUUACGAGUCGAUAGGGGACGCCCUAGUUCCGACCGCUCCUCCUGAGCCGUAUUACAUGGAAGUGCUUGGGAGGAGCGAGCAGGACCAGAGCUGGCAGGUGCUCCCGACUCCGAGUGAAGCGCUCAUGCCAGAAGCAGGGGCCGUCAUGCCUCCGCCGGUGCCCCCGCGGAGAAGGAUCCUGAGCGUCCAAGACCGCUCCCCGAGACCCCUCUCUUGGGACUUCACGAACAAAGGUCUACGCGCAAAUUCGUCUUUGAACUUGGGAAAUAACAAUAACAGUGGCCCAGAUGACAACUGGACUAUCAGACUGAUUGACAGUCCUGAGGGUAACAAUGCGCGCAUAGCCUGUCUGUGUGCCUCCACCACAGCGCUUAUGUGCGCGUACCCUCACAGUGACCCAGAGUAUAACACAGGCUUGGUGUGGGGCAGAGUCUUCCCUCUUCACACGUCUCUACUGGAGGCCGCCGAAUUAACCUUCAACGUAUCCACACCAUGGUUCUCACAGCCACUUCCAGUUCCCACCAUACUAAACAGGACAGUGCUGGACUUCAUCCAGGAGAUGUGCACCUUGCUGGACAAGCCGGCCAGCUGUGCUGAGCAGUGUCUGAUGAAGCUGUGCGACUCAGAGGAGUACAUGAGAAACGAUGAGAUACUGGGAAUGUACGAGAGCGUUCAGAAGUACCACAAGUUCUCCCAGGACAUGCCUGUGAGGAUAGUACAGCAGCAGGAUGUGAGGAAUCAGCUGUCCAGAAAUGCAGAGGAUGACACACAGCCGUUUCACCUCAAUAAAGUGUUGCGCUCAGCAUGUGUCUUCAACAUAUCAAGAAUCAUUCUUCAGGAGAGACUACAGUGCUACAGAAGGGAGGUGAAGAAAAUGUUGACGACUCAGAGUGGCAACAAUCUGAACCAGAUAGUGCAGGAGGUGCGGACCAUAUGCAACCUCCUGUCGGGAGUUUCCACUGUACAGCUGGAGGAGGCAAUAGGAGCCGUUAAGAGAAUAUCGCCCACCAUGCUGGACCCAACAGAGAUGUAUGAAACCGAAACAGUUCUUGUGAUUCUCCACCAAGCUCUGGAGAAGCUCCUCUACGUCUUCUUUGACAACUUCCACUCGGACUUCAGGGUCCAGGAGGCGAGCCACAGUCUGCCCCAAGCUGACGUCAGCACCAACACGGCUACUCUGAAGUUCAACCUCGCCGCGCUCUACAAGCUAGAACACACGUGGCUCACCAGCAUGGACACCUUUAGCCUGUCGUGCUUCCUGACGUACGGGGGCAAGAACGUGAUUGAGCCCAUCGUCUCUGAGAACAUCAGCACGGCUCUGGCCAUCGGCAACAAAAUACGCUGCAAUCGAAUGGUGGUGUUCCCCAUCCAGGUGCGAGAUCUUCCCUAUGAGUCCAUGCUGACCUUCCGUCUCCAGGGCUCCAAGCAGGGGAAGAGCCAGGAGCUGCUACGCUGGGCUGUCCUGCCACUAUACUCUAACAAGACCCUGAUCAGUGGCUCCACGCUGCUCAGCAUGUCCAUGCUGGUGGAGCCCAACACGCCUGCGUCUCCAGCACUGGCCGACCUCCACCGGCAGCCCAGCGGCGUUAUCCUGCAGUUGGAGUUCCCAGAGCAGCAUGAGUGGAAGUAUGUUCGGCCGGUCGCCAUGCCCGACUCUGUCUUAUUCACGGAGCCCUGCUUGGAGCUCAAGAAGAGAAUUGCACAGAUUUGUCAGAAACACUGCUCUCACUUCUUGACAGAGAAUGAGCAAGCCCUGCUGUGGUCCAAGCGCUACUCGUGCAGUGAGAGGUCCUGCCUCCUGCAUCUCUUGCUCAGCGUGGCCCCCCAGUGGCAGCCGGAGGACCUGACGGAGAUCUACACCAUCCUGGACCACUGGAACCUGCGCUCCUCCGAAGAGGCUCUCUUCCUACUCAGUGACAGCUUUCAGGACCAGACGGUUCGCUCUGCAGCUGUGCAGUACUUUGACCGUGUGUCAGAUGCAGAGCUUGAAGAAUUCUUGCCACAGUUGGUACAGGCGUUAAAGAUGGAGUGGGAGCUGGAUGGGCCGCUGGUCAUGCUGCUACUGAAGAGAUCCCUCUGCAACAUCCGCAUCGCACAGCACCUAUACUGGCUGCUGGUGGAUGGUCAGGAGGACCCUCACUACCGCGGCUGGUUCUCCAAGGUGGUGGCGGCCCUGAAGCACUGCUGCGGUCGGCUGCUGAGGCAGGAGCUGGAGAGGGAGAGCCUGCUGGUCUCCCUGCUCACCCAGACCGCCAAUAACAUACGCGCCACAGACAAGCAAAGGAGGAAGGAUGUCUUGACGACUGAGAAGUGGAAAAUUGACAACUUCUUCAAAGGAGGGAUGUCCUGCCGUCUGCCACUGGACCCAGCCAUUCUGCUGACGGGGGUGGACAUGGAUGCCUGUAAGUUUUACAACUCCAACGCAGCACCUCUAGAUGUCUCCUUCAUCACCGCUGACCCUCUGGGCAAAAACGUCCAUGUCAUCUGUAAGACAGGUGAUAACCUGCGUCAGGACAUGUUAGUGCUGCAGAUCGUGCGCGUGAUGAACAGAGUUUGGCUUCAAGAGGGUCUGGACAUGAGGAUGGUUACCUACAGAUGCCUCUCUACCGGCAAAGACCAGGGUCUGGUGGAGGUGGUGCCUGACGCGGUGACCCUGGCCAAGAUCCACCUGGAGUUUGGUCUGGGGGGAGUGCUGAGGGAGGACUCCCUGGAGAAAUGGUUCCACAUGAGGAACAAGACAUGGGAGAACUACGAAGAGGCGGUUAUGAACUUCCUGCACUCGUGUGCCGGCUGGUGCGUGGCCACAUUUGUGUUGGGCAUCUGCGAUCGCCAUAACGACAACAUCAUGAUCAAGCACAGCGGACACAUGUUCCACAUCGACUUUGGCAAGAUCAUGGGAAACGCCCAGAAGUUCGCUAACAUUAAAAGGGACCGGACUCCAUUCAUCUUCUCCUCUGAGAUGCAGCACUUCAUCACAGGCGGGGGGGAGAACCCUCAGCGUUUCCACCGCUUCGUGGAGCUCUGCUGCACUGCCUAUAACGGCCUGAGGAGGCGCAGCACCCUGGUACUCAGCCUGCUACAGCUGAUGCUGGGUGCAGGCAUGCCUGAGAUGAAGGAUCUGCAGGAUCUCCAGUAUGUGCACAACAACCUGCGGCCACAUGACUCUGAGCUGGAGGCCACCGCAUACUUCACACAGAAGAUUAAGGAGAGCAUGGGCAGCUUCCCAGUCAAGCUGAACUUCCUGAUCCACAACAUGGUCCAGAUUCCGUCCAAGAAGCCCCCUCCGUCCCCAGUACCGGUCCAGACCGGAUCCCCCAGCACCAACAUCCAGGAGGUGGUCAUCCAGAAGUUCACAGUGAAGGGAAAAGAUGUGAACUUUGAACUGAGGGUGAAUAUCGACGACGGCUACCUCAUCAGCGAGAAAACCUUUGCACAGUUCGAGCUAAUUCAUAAGAAGCUCCAGAAGCACUUUAUAGAGUCCGCUCUUCCACAAUUCCCCCGAUGGUUUAAGAUGUCUUUCACGGCAGGCAGAAAAAUGGUAUUGUUGAACAAAUACCUGAAGGAGUUGUUCGAGGGUCCAUGUAAAGGCAAUGAGUUUGUGUGCAGUCUGUUCCUUGAUGGCCCCGCAACACCCAUGAAAGAUCCAGGCAGCCCAUCCAAACCACAGAUUCAGCUGCUCUUGUCAUACAAAGACAAGAAGCUGUCUGUAAUGGUCAAGCACCUGAAGAAUAUUAGGUUACCAAAUGGCUCCUGCCCUGAUGCGUAUGUGGCGACUCGUCUCAGACCAGACCCUAACAACUCCUCCAAGAAAAAGACCAAAGUGGUCAAAAACAACACCAACCCCACAUUCAACGAACUGAUCGAGUACAACAACGUCCUGAGUCUUCACGACCGCGUGCUGGAGGUGACCGUUAAAAGCAAGAAGAGCUUUGUGGGCGCCACCAACAUCUUUCUGGGGGAGAGGAAGAUGGAGGUGGAAGAGUGGUACCCGCUUGGAAAUUGUCCUAUCUAGUAACAACCACCUGGGGUUGUGUUUUGCUCAUCUUGCCACUAGGGGGUAGACUGCACAUACUGUGUUCAGAGCCGCAUGUCUGACUGUCAUAUGAGAAUAGUGUCUGCACUGCACAUGUUCUUUAAUGCAAUCAGGCAGAGAAACAGAGAGAGAAACAGAGCUUGGAUGAAGAGAGAGAGAUACAGAGCUUAAAUGAGGAGAGAGAGAGAGAGAGAGAGAGAUUGGAUGAAGAGAGAGAGACAGAGACAGAGCUUGGAUGAAGAGAAAGAGACAGAGUUUGGAUGAGGAUGUUACAGAGCCAUAGCCAUGGGAGGAGGGGAAUAAACUGUUUACUGGAGUCAUCUGUUGUUUAUACCGCAGUGUUACAUAGAACUGCUGUGGUAGCCUUCAGAUGAAGUGUUGCAUUGUGUAUAUAUACGCUCUAUAUCCUGUACAUAUGUAUAUGUAUAAAUGCAGAUAGUGUCCACAUAUCAUGUAUAUGUUGACAAAGUAUUAUAUUUUUUACUAUUAUAUCAUGAGAAAUUCUAGAAUGUAUAGAUGAUUACUUUUGUAUAGUUGCUCUCUGUGGCAAAAUCAAAUACAGUUAAAUGGAUAUUUUAACCUGAUCAAGAUAUACUGUAAGGAAAUACUGAUAAAAGCUUGUGUAUCAUGCUUUACCUGUACAUAUACUCAGGAGGUUGUCUUUGCACCAGCUACUAUUAUGAUCUACAUGCAGUGAGCCACACAGGUUAAAGAGUGUGUGUGUGUGUGUGUGUGUGUGUGUGUGUGUGUGUGUGUGUGUGUGUGUGUGUGUGUG